AAAGAAACUGAAUAACUUCUGUAAAAAGUAAUAAAUUUAACGUUAAGAUAGCUGUAUACUGUAGAGAGGUUUUAACUGAUGGCCAAACCUUAAUACAUGUACUAUAUCAUAUAACGGAUUUGGCAAUAUUCAGCAUACAACAAGGUUUUUAUCUACAUUUACAGAAUGUUUGUACAAGUGGCUAUAUUUGUUGUAUUGCUAUUCUUAACAAGAUGGCUAUACAAGUGGAUGAAAUCAAAGAAAUGUACAGCUCCAGGACCACCUGGGCUACCACUCUUUGGGAACAUUUUCCAGCUCAAUGCCCAGUUUUCAUUUACACAGCUAGAACAAUGGAAGGAGGAAUAUGGAGAUGUCUACAAGCUGAACUUACUUCUCUCAGAGGUUGUUGUGAUCAAUGGAGAAACAAUCUAUGAGGCUCUGGUAAUCAAGGGCAAUGACUUUGGUGGGCGCCCAAAGACUGGACGCCUAGAGUUAAUAAAUCAAUAUGAAGAUAUUGUUACAAGGCCUGCUGAUGAAAAAUGGAAAGAUCUACGUAAAAUUGCACAUGCUGGAUUGAAGCAAUAUGGCGUAGGUGUGUCAAGGAUUGAAGAGAUUACUAUGGAUGAGAUCAUGAUCUGUAUUGGAAGGUUUGAUAGAACUGAUGCUUUUGAUCCAUUUGAGGAUAUCUAUCUGACAGUGGCUAAUAUUGCAUUGGCUAUGCUGACAGGUGAGACCCUAGAAAAGACAGACCCAUGGCUACAGAGGGUGAUGAGAUCAGACAAGUUGACGUGCAAGGCAUACAGCACAAAAACAGCUUACUUAGAUGUGCUACCUUGGCUAAGACAUAUACCCCAUGCUAAUGGGAAGCUAUUCAAUGAAGCAAUAAGUGAAAACACAGGAUGUAUAGACAACAUCAUAGAAAAAACAAAGAGCACCCUGGAUGAGAAGAAUAUAAGAGGAGUAUUUGACCUGAUACUCAUGGAACAACAAACACGAAAGAACUCCCAGAAUGCUCUUAGUCACAAUGCAGUCAGAGGUUUAUUUCAAAACCUCAUAUUUGCAGCGAUGACCACAACAUCCACAGCUCUAAAGGCAAUGACUGCACUACUGAUAGACCAUCCAGACAUACAACAGAAGCUAUAUGAUGAGAUAGACAGAGUCAUUGGUGAUAGGCCACCUGAACUACAAGACAGAUACAAGAUGCACUACAUGGAGGCCUUUAUCUUGGAGUCACUGAGACACACUUCAUUCCUACCAAUUGCUAUACCACAUGAGACAAUGAAUGAUGUCACGUUAAAUGGAUAUUUUAUCCCAAAAGGCACUCAGGUUUGGCCAAAUCUAUUUGGUUUACAUCAUGAUGAAAGAUACUACCCAGAACCAUGGGCUUUUAAACCAGAGAGAUUCCUGGACAAUAAUGGGGAAGUUAUACCUGUAGAUCAGAGGAAACUCUUGUUACCAUUUGGAGGUGGGAGAAGGGUAUGUGUUGGCGAACAGUUUGCCAGGAUCCGUAUCUUCCUGUUUCUAUCAACAGUACUUCAACACUAUGAGAUACUACCAGAGAAACCUGACUGCCCGCCACUGUUUGAUCCCAGGAAGUGUGUACUUGGAAGUGUCCUCAAGAUGGAGGACUACAAACUGAGAAUGCAAAAACGGAAAUAGACCCAAGAAAUGCCAUCAUUAAACUCCUUUAGAGAUUAUAACCUACUGUAAUAAACAUUAUACAUUAGUGUACAUCCAGAAUCUUCAUAACAACAGAUAAAUGCUUUAUCCUGCAAAGCAACCAUGUUUAAAAUGCUCAGUGAUUUUAAAUCUAAAUUCUGUGUUCAAAAUCAACCUGCCACUUAUCUGCCAUAUACGUCACCAGCUAUCUCUAACCUAACUAUAUCCAAAUAUUUAUAUGACUAAAAAAAUGAAAAGCAAAAU